UGAGAGAUUUCUAGGUUGUGUGCAGAUGGCGGUAGCAGCUACGAAGAAGAAGCAAGAUGAUAGGAACUUGAAGCGGCUGAGAGAAUUGGUGUCAAGUCCAGAGAAUAAGAAAUGUUGCGAGUGCCGAAAGAAGGGCCCCACAUAUGCCGACAUGACAACUUGCUCGUUUGUCUGCACAACAUGCAGCGGAUUGUUGAGAGGUAUAAACCCCCCUCAUCGUGUGAAAAGUAUCACUAUGACAAGUUUUAGUGUUGAUGAAAUGGCACGAUUAGAAGAGGGAGGGAAUGAAAAAGUGAAUGACAAGUGGCUAGCGAAAUGGAAUGAAAGGACUGACAUGGAACCUGAUGCUGGUGAUGAUCAGAAGAUGAAAUAUUUCAUGGUUGAGAAAUAUGAGAGAAAGAGAUGGUAUGAUGAGAGAGGGAGAAGCACUGAUGCUGGACCUGCUCCUGGUUCUUCAACUCCUGAAACGAGACCGCUCUCUACUUUAUUAGGAAAUCAAGCACCAAAACUGGUGGUGACAAGUAAGCCAGUGACUGCUGCGGCAACUGUUACUCAAGCAAAUGCAUCUCCUAAUCUUCCUGCUCCACCUGGCAAUGUAAGACGAGGGUAUGCUUCUCCUGCCAGUGCCUCUCCAGCCAGUGCGGUGAAAGUAUCAACAUUAGCUCAAACUGCAGCUGCACCUGAUCCUCCUCAGACUCAACAGCAGAGCAGUUCAUUGCUGGAUCUGAAUGAAGUCUUUUCUACACCAGCUGUGCAACCACAACCACAACCAUUUGGUGGCAUAUCAGUGUUUCCACCUGGUGCAACUACAGGAAAUGCUCAUCUACAGCCUGUUGGAUCAACAGCUAAUAACACAGGGUCUGGAGGAUUUGCUGCGUUUCAGAGUGCUUCAACAGUGCCAGCGAAUCAACUCCCAGUGCAGUCAGUGUCAACUACAUCAGACAAAUAUUCAGCUUUCUCUAAUCUUGGCUCAGUUCCUACUACAAACCCUACAGUCAACUGGGGAAGCAGCAACACAUCAUCUGUUCUUGAUUGGUCUAGUGGAGGUUCGACAAGUGGAAGCAGUACUAUUAACUGGGGAACAACGAGUCAAUCCACUCCAUCCAGUGGACCAAGCUGGAGUCAACAGACUGGUAUUACAACAUCAGAUAGUGGGUUUGGCAGUCAAAUGCAAUCAAAUCAAUCUUCUAGUAAUCCCUUUGCAGGUAUGGCUGUAAGUGCCAACAUGUCGGCUCAACAGCAGCAGCCAAUGAUGUCUCAGUCUAACUCCAAUCCGUUUGGAGAUAUUGGUAAUAUAGGAGGAAUGACUAGAGGGCCAGCAAGCCAUAGUCAAUUUACUAACAAAUCUCAGCUAGCACAGCCUGCUGUUCCACAAAUGGGAAUGCAACAAGGUACAAUGCAGCAAGGGACAGUGCCACAAGCUCAAAUGGUAGGUGGCGGCGGCCAGUGGGGAAGGCAGCCACAAAUGGUAGGCCAACAGCAAGCUGGUAUGGGAUGGGGAGCACAAGCCCCACAACAACAGUUUGGUCAGCAGUUGCAGCAGCAAGCUGGUUUUCAGCAGCAAGCUGGUUUUCAGCAGCAAGCUGGUUUUCAGCAGCAAGCUGGUUUUCAGCAGCAAGCUGGUUUUCAACAACAACCACAAGGAUUCCAGCAACAACCACAAGGAUUUCCACAACAACAGAAUGCAUUCAGGCAGCCACAGGGUGGAUUUGGACAGCCACAGGGUGGAUUUGGACAGCCACAGGGUGGAUUUGGACAGCCACAGAGUGGAUUUGGACAGCCACAGAGUGGAUUGGGACAGCAGCAGAGUGGAUUCGGACAGCCACAGAGUGGAUUCGGACAGCCACAGGGUGGAUUUGGGCAGCCACAAGGUGGAUUUGGACCUUCACAAAAUGCAUUUGGACAGUCACAAAAUGCAUUUGGACAGUCACAGAAUGCAUUUGGACAACAGAGUGGGUUUGCACAGAGUGGAUUUGGACAGGCAAAAGGUGAGUUUGGACAGCCACAACAGUUUGGUGGUACCUCCUCACAGCAGAAUGUGGUCGGGCAGCAAGGAUUUGGAGUUCAGUCUGUGGGCCAGCAGCCACAAAUGUUUGGUGCACAGCCACAGAUGGGUGGUCAGUUUGCACAACAAGAUCAGCAACAGUUCGGUGGAUGGGGACAAGCACAACAAGGGCUAGUAGGACAGAGCAAUCCGUUCAUGACAGGGAGUGGGCAAGCAAUGGGUCAAGGAUCAACCAAUCCAUUCAUGUGACUAAUUCA